AUGUUCAAGAAAAGUUUCCGAAGAGAGGAUGGUGCUUCAAGAGGAAAGAAUUCUAAGCGUGUUUCGAAUGAACCUGCUUCUGAUUCGAUGGAUGAUGAUGAUAAGACAUACUCAUCGCUGGAUUACAAAACUCCUGUUGGUUCAAAGGAACCAAAGAACGCCGAUGUGCAGGACGAAUGUGAAAUUCAGUCUAUACGUAGCUCAGGACCAAAUAGAGGAAAUGCCGAGGUUGGAACUUCGGGAAGGAUGCAGAACGAGACAAUGCAUUCCCGUUUUCCCACAUUCCAUGCUAGUGAACAAGGUCCAUGGUCUGCAAUGAUUUGCUGUGUACGAUUAUGUAUCCGUUCAUGGGAAACAGAUUGUGUCAGUGAGGCUUCAUACUUCCUCAAAAUGCGAAAUGCGUUUGGUUUGCAGAAGUUCUUCCUUCAGUCUGAAGAAGAUCUACUGGGAAAUAGACCUUCUGUCUUGGUUACUGAGACAACUGCUCCAAAAUUCAAGAGAGGUGUUGGAAAAAUUGAACUCGAAGUUGGUAGGAUCAAAAUGGGAUCAGAUCCACUACCUGGUUGCAAUAUUUCAUCACUGAAGCCUGAAAUUAUUAAUCAGCAAAUCGCCGACCUGAAUGCUACUUUGUCUUCUGGAUGGAAAGCAGUCUCCAAAGUCCUGAAAAAAGAAAUUGUUACAUCUCACACUGGACCACGUUCUGUAAAAGCAUUACAAGCUGGAGCUAAAUGUGGUUUCCUUUGUGGUCGUGUCUUAGCUCAACUAGCAGCUAUAGUUGAUGAACCGCAGAACCAGAAGCUUAUUAAAUGGUGGGCAAUAUAUCAUGAACCAGAGCAUGAACGUAUUGGGAGAAUACAACUUCAUAUAAACUACUCAAGCAGCUUAGAUGAAAAAACUAAGUGUGGAUUGGUUGCAGAAACUUCAGCAUACGAUUUGGUCCUGGAAGUGGCUAUGAAAGCCGAGCGAUUUCAGCACCGGAAAUUGUUGAUUAAAGGGCCCAUGGCACUGGAUGUGAAAGAGAAAUAUAAGUCUAUAUUGAGUCAUCAAGAGAAUCGCUUGCUUAGGGAAAUUGAUGAAAAAGUUCAGCAGAUUCUUGCUUCGACGUUCGAGAAUUAUAAAUCUCUCGAUGAAUCUUGUUUCUCUGGAAUCAAAGAUGUUUUCGAGCCUCCUAUCAAGCUUUAUGGUCUUCUUAAUGACGUGUUAAGCCCCGAGGCACAACUAAGACUUUGCAGAUACUUUCAGGGUGCACAAGUCACUCCUGACCAGGAGAUGAAGUUUUUAAUUUUGAGUUUUAAGAAGGAAAUCUCAACUGAUAUAGCCAUUCAUAACUGCAAUGUGCUCCCAAGUCCGAUCAAACGUGGUGUUAAUGCCAAAGAGCUUUUCCAUUCAUAUAUUACUACUGGAUCGAAGAGAAAAGAAAUUCUCUAUAUGAAUUCUGCAAGACCGAGAUGUGAGAUUCAAGGAUUAACCUCUCCUUUUGUCGAUGAUAUGUAUGAGUUACUCAACACGACACUUGAUGAUUUUGAUAUCAUCAUCAAGCGUUGGCCAGAAUACGCAUCAUUCUUGGAGAAGGUUAUAGCGGAUGCGGAGAGGGCAUUAAUUGAAGCGUUGGAGAAGCAAUUUUCCGAAGUUCUAUCUCCGUUAAAGGAAAGCAAGAUAUUUGCCCUGAAAUAUGUUCAAAGAUUGACCAAGACAGGCACAUCUAACCUCUAUUCUGUUCCAAAAGAGCUUGGAGUUCUUCUAAAUUCGAUGAAAAAAGUGCUUGACAAAUUACGGUCAAGUAUAGAGAACCGGUUCAAAGUGUGGAACUCUUAUUUCCCUGAUAAAGAAAGCAGAGUUUUGGGAGAUCGAGCGGCUGAAAUAUAA